AUGUGCAGGCUGUUGCUUGUCAGUGAGGCGGAUGGUGACUUAAUGGGUUUGGCGUGCCGACAAGCCUCAGGCUGGAUGUUCCAUUGUCCAGCCAGUCUCCGACUGACCUCGUCGCACAGCUUUGGUGGUACCGGAACUACCGCAAGGCUCAACACGAGACGGAAGAUCCUGACAACUCGGCAAGUCCGGCCAGACUCAUAG